UCCAAAGAAUCCAAACUUCAUAUCCAAAAAAGCAAUGAAUCCAUUUCUCCUUUAAUAGCUUUAAUUGCCAGGUUUAGCUCUUUCAGGAUUAUGGAAAAGAAAAGAAUCCUGCUAAUAAUUACCUCCUUUAUACAUAAAAACGACACUGCUUGGGUAGUGUCACCCAUCUAUGCUUGGCAUUAUAAGUAUGUUUAUGCCUUCAAGGCUGUACACAUUCACACAGAAACAGUGAAGACUGCAGACAAAGAAGAAAAAGAGGAAGAAAAUGGGUGGUUUUGCUGCAGUAAACGAUGAUAUUCUUCAAAACAUACUCUUCAGGUUGCCAGCUUUAUCCUUUGCAUCGGCUGCCUGCGUUAGCAAAUCCUGGAACAACGUUUGCGACAGGGUUCUGUCUUGUCCGAAGCUUGUUUCUGCACUCUCUCUCAACCCUUCUCUACCUCAUGCUGUGAAUGAGGUUCUUGACAAGGUUCUCUCCGGGCCAAUUUGUCCACAGUUCGCCAUUGCCUCUAUUGGCUUGCAGUUUAGCUUGGAAGCAGCUCAUCAACUUAUCACUGAAAAACUUGGCUCCAGAACACCAGUCAUUACCAAUACUGCACGUGGAAUUAUUGGUAGAGAUGCUGUUACUAAUACAAUGAGAGAGGUUAGGUGGCACAUGAUACCUGAGGAGGAAGGUUCAAAUUCACAGGAAUCUGAGUAUUUUAACCGAGGCAUUGUUUUGAUUGUUGGAUAUCUACCUGGACUAAAGGUUGAUGCCAUACCUUUAUUACGAUCAAUGAGGGAGCAUGGAGUUACCAUGAUUGACAAAUUUAUGAUGGACAUAAGGAAUUACACAGCUUCUGUUUCUGGCUGUAUUGCUCCAGCUGGGAUCAUACUGUUUGGAGAUCAACACAUUGACAUCACACCUGUUCUUGCAGAUAUUGAUUGUGUUAUGCCUGAGGAAACAGUGAUUGUAGGGGAUGCAAGUAGCCGCUUCUUGUGCAGGAGUGGUCAUUAUUCUCAAGAUUACGAUGCUGAUCAGUACUUUUUUGAUGCUGUUGCCCUUGUGUUUGCAAGGAAUAAAGAUAAACCUCAUGGUAUAGGAGAGACUCGAUUCCAUGCUACAUUGUCAACAGGUGUAAUGCCCUUUGGUCCUGAGCUCAAGGCAAUUUCGGUAACAGCCAAAGGCACAGAAUGUUCGUGGCUCACUGCCAGCAUUGAUGGAUACCAUCAGAUAUUAGAUAGCCAGAGGCUUUUGGAUGAUAUCAGUGAUGAGAUGGAUGAUGACUGUGCUGAUUUGUACAUUGGGGUCAUACAGAAAAGACCAUCCUUCAUUGAACCAGAGAAAUUGGAACUAAGAACAUACUUGGCCUUUUAUGAAGUUUUAGGGGGAGAUGAAGAGUAUUUAGUUGUUGAUGGUGUUGGCAUAAAACCUGGAGACACAUUCCUAUUCUUCCAUUCGGAUUCGGACACUGCAUCAUCAUCCUGCCUUAAUGCCUACGAAAGCCUCAAAGUUCUGAAAUCAGCUUCGAGUUCCAGGAACUGCUACUCCGUGAGGGAUGCUGCUGGUGGUGGCAAUGGUGGAGUGUUUGGAGGCUUGAUCUUCUCUUGUCAUUACCGUGGAGAAUCAUAUUUUGACAGCUUCCCAUUCUACAGCAACUUCCCUGGUGCUCCACUGGCAGGAAUGGUUUGCAACAAGGAAAUUGGACGUGACUCAACAGGCUCCUCAAUGUGGCAAUUACAAGCGGAAGAAGAAAGUCCAGCUCGUUGCUCCCUCCAUGUUUGCACCACAGUUUAUUUGGUGUUGUCCUAUGUUCCAGCAUCUCCAAAUCUUUUAAGUAAUUAGACAGUUUGUCUUUACAACAAUGCAUGUAUGCAAUUGCUAUGCAACUCAUUUGGAGUUUGAGGCUUUUCAGCCAAAAGAAGGGCGAAAAUAAUUAAUGAUACAAUUCUGAAUGAUCAUAUGAUUAUUCAUUUAAAGGAAAUGGAUGUUUCCCUUCCAUUUUUUUUGCAAUUGUGGAAAUAUUGGGUCCUCCUUGGGCAUGGAAAAGUGCAGAUUCCUUCUUUUUUCCUUCAUUUGGAUAACAUGAAUAAUUUAAAUACCAAAAAAAUGAGAGAA